CAUACAUUUCAAUAGGAUACAUCCAUCGAUAUUGAACUGGACCAACAACUUUCGCCUCCCAAGGCAGAUGGAUGGGCAAGUGGAUCAUUAUAUUGAAUAAGGUAGGAGGAAAAAUAUGUUCCAACUUACAUAGGGUUAUGGCAAUUUGAGACUCCAAGUAAUUCAAAGCUUCCAUGUUUAGCUCCUUGGAAUAUAUGUCCUUGAAUAUUUUGCUAGGCUGAAUCAAUGUGUCCGAUAUGACCUUCGGAAAUAAGUCACGGGUGGCUAACGUUAAUAACCUCUCCAAGAACACAUGACAAUCAUGAUUUUUCAUCCCAUGUAUCUUUCGAUCAUCAACAUUGACACGUGCCAAACUUGCGGAGUAAGCAUCUGGUACCUUCACUUUUGAUAGCCACUGACACAAGGAUUUCUUCUCUGUCGCCGUCAAGCUAUAUGCAGCUCUAUGUAACUCUGUUUUCCCAUUCCCCUCAACACGAUGAAGAUCUUUCGUUAUACCCAUCUCCUCCAAAUCACGAUGGGCACUUAGACCAUCCUUUGUUUUGCCCUCAAUAUUCAUAAUAGUACCAAGAAUACUAUCACAUACAUUUUUCUCUAUAUGCAUGACAUCCAAAUUGUAGCGUACUAAGAGCGAUGACCAAUAUGGCAAUUCAAAGAAAAUAGACUUCUUUUUCCAGUUAUGAGUUUUGCCAAACCCUUUGAUUUUUUUGCCUUUUCUCUCUCGCUGCUACCGUUUUCUCGCGAUUGCGAUGGCGGCCUCGUCGUUGGAAUCUGCUCCGACGACGGGCAAGGUUUCGGAGGGAUGUUCCUAGGCGCAGUUAUUCGACAUUGCUCCGGAGAAUCGGAUGAAAUAUCGUCCUCCAGAGCGUGUUAACGAUGGGUUUCGCAUCCCUCGGGAGGUAAAGCAAAAGGGGGAAGAGCGAUGCCGGGAUUGCUUGAUCGGGUAGUUCGUUGGAGCUCAACCUAAGGUGGCGCAGUUGCAGACAUGGGCUACCUCAAUUUGGGGGAGAGAUGGGACUGUCCGGGUGUCCAGAUUUGGGCCUCGAUUGUUCGUUUUCCAGUUUCCUUCUGCUUCAACCAGCAGGUGGGUUUUCAGAUCAGGACCAUGGCACUAUCAAGGGAAUUAGCUCUAUCUCAUGAAGUGGGCGCCGGGGAUACAACCAGUUGCUCCUCAAGUAGGAUCUCUUCCUAUCUGGGUUAACAUUUGGGGUAUUCCUCUGGAGUACCACUCGGUGGAAGGGUUGGAAUGGGUUGCUAGCACGGUUGGUCCUCCUCUCUGGAUGGAUAAAACCACAAGGGUGGGUGGGCCGCUGGGAUAUGCCAAAGUAUGUGUCGAUCUUGCUGCGGAUUGUGGCUUUCCCUCCACGAUUCGUCUCUAUCCUGAUGAGGAUCCGAGUUUUGCUGUGGAAGUAGAAUAUCUGAAUCUACCUAGGGUCUGCCCUGUCUGUGCCGUUUAUGGUCAUGAUUGCAAUGCCCUGGCUCAAAGUAAUAAGAAGUGGGUAGUCAAGCAGAAAGUUCAGUCUAAUGUUGAGACAGGAUCAGGGGAAGUUCUUGUUGAUUCUGGGGAAUCAUCUGUGGUUGGGUCUGAGCUGCAAGCUAAAGCAGGAACUGAAGGGAGUCAUAUAGUUCAAUCUGUGGUUAGUGCAGUACUGAGUGACAAAACACAGUUAACAGAGCCUGUGGCUACCAGUGUGGGUGUUCAGGGUGUCUCAACUAUCCCUCCUCCAAAUGGGAAUGCAAAUGCUAGAUUUGUGGAUGUGGGUCCUGGGAUCAUCAGUUGAUACUGGGAGUCCUAGUGCCCUACUGCAACAGCCUGUUGUAGCUAGUUCACCUGUUUCAGGGAAGCUAGUUACUCAGACUCCAGUAUUUGUAAAAGAGACAAAUCCUUGGAUAACUGUUGGCUCUAAGAAGAAGCCUACUACUCCUAGAGUGAUUGAGCCUGUUCUUCCUCGAAAAGGGGGGAGGAUUGGAAAGAAGAAAUGAAGAUACUCACAUGGAAUAUCCGGGAGUUUAAUGACCCGGAUAAGAAUAAAGCUGUACAGCAGCU